CUCAUAGCUGCCCUUUGUACAACAGAACAAAACACCGCCCUGUCCUUUGCCGUUCUCACAAUCAUUGCUAUGUUUGAACCUAUUGUUGGAGCCUUUGUGUCAGUCCAUCUUGUUGAGGGUCGUCAUCUUUUUUCGCUAAUCCUGUACUUUACCAUGCACGAUGUUCUUCUCUAGGGACUGGUCCCUCCUAAUAAUGUUUCCAAAGUAAGUGAGACAAAGUCUUGGCAGUCAUGGCUUCUAAGGAGCACUCUGGCUGUGAUUCUUCCAAUAUAGACUUGUUUGUUUUUCCGGCAGUCCAUGGCAUAUUCAGUGCUCUUCACCAACACCAUAAUGCAAAGGCAUCAGUUCUUCUUGGAUCUUCCUUAUUCAGUGUCCAGCUUUUGCCUGCACAUGAAGCUGUUGAAAAUACCAUGGCUUGGGUUAGGCACAGCUUAGUCCUCAAAGUGACAUCUUUGCUUUUUAACACUUCAAGGAGGUCUUUUGCAGCACAUUUGCCCAGUGCCAUAUGUCAUUUGAUUUCUUGACUGCUGCUUCCAUGGGAGUUGAUCAUGGAUCCUAGUAAAAUGAAAUCCUUGACAACUUCAGUUUUCUUUGUUUAUCAUGAUGUUGCUUAUUGGUCCAGUUGUGAGGAUUUUUGUUUUCUUUAUGUUGAAGCAUAGUCCGUACUGAAGGCUGUAGUCUUUGAAUUUCUUCGGUAAGUGCUUCAGGUCUUCACUUUUAGCUAGCAAGGUUGUGUCACCUGUAUAUCAAAGGUUGCUAAUGAGUCCUUCUCCAAUUCUGAUGCCACAUUUGUCUUCAUAUAGUGUAGUUUCUUGGAUUAUUUGCUCAUCAUACAGAUCGAAUAAGUAUGGUGAAAGGACACAACUCUGGCACACACCUUUCCUGAUCUUAAACCACACAGACUACCCUUGUUCUGUUUGAAUGACUGCCUCUUGGUCUGUGUACAGGUUCUGGAUGAGCACAGUUAAGUGUUCUGAAAUUCACGUUCUUCACAGUUUUUUUCAUAAUUUGCUGUGAUCCACACAGUCUAAUGCUUUUGCAUAGUCAGUAAAACACAGGUAAAUAUCUUUUUGGUAUUCUCUGCUUUCAGCCAAGAUCCAUCUGACAUCCGCAGUGAUAACCCUCCUUCCAUGUCCUUUUCUGGAUCUGGCUUGAAUUUCUGGCAGUUGCUGGUCAGUGUACUGCUGCAACCAUUUUUGAAUUAUCUUCACUAAAAUUUUACUUGAAUUUGAUAUUAAUGAUAUUGUUCAAUAAUUUCUGCAUUCUGUUGAUUCACCUUUCUUUGGAUGGGUGCAAAUAUGGAUCUCUUCCAGUUGGUUGGCAAAAGCGCUGCCUUGCAAAUUUCAUGGCAUAGAUGAGUGAGCACUUUCAGCAUUGCAUCCAUUUGUUGAAACAUCUCAGUUGACAUUCUGUCAAUUCUUGGAGCUUUGUUUUUCACCAGUGCCUUCACUGCAUAAACUUCUUCCUUCAGUAACAUCUGUUCGUGGUCAUGUGAUACCUCCUGAAAUGGUUGAAUGUUGACCAAUUCUUUUUGGUACAGUGACUCUGCAUUCUGUCCAUCUUCUUUUGAUGCUUCCCCCGUCAUUUAAUAUUUUCCCCGUGGAAUCCUUCAGCAUUGCAACUCAAGGCUAGAAAUUUUUACUUCAGUUCUUUCAGCUUCAGAAAUGCUGAGUAUAUUCUUUCUUUUUGGUUUUCCAACUCCAGCUCUUUGUGUAUGUCAUUGUAAUGCUUCCUUUGCUUUGUCUUCUCGAGCAGCCCUUCGAAGUCUUCUGUUCAGCUCUUUACUUUAUCAUUUCUUCCAUUUGCUUUAGCUUCCUGACAUUCAAGAUCAAGUUUUAGAGUCUCUCCUGAUAUCCAUUUUGGUCUUUUCAUUCUUUCCUGUCUUUUUAAUGACCUCUUGGUUUCUUUAUGUAUGAUGUCAUCCAAAACUCGUCUGGUCUUUGGUCAUUAGUGUUUAAUGUGUCAAAUCUAUUCUUGAGAUGGUCUCUAAAUCCAGGUGGGAUAUACUCAAGGUCAUGCUUUGGCUCUUGUGGACCUGUCCUAAUUUUCUUCAACUUCAGCUUGAACUUACAUAUGAGCAAUUGAUUGUUGCCUCCUCAAAGUAGAGUUGACCUUAAUGAUGUGAAUGGAGUAAACCUUUCCGGUCCUUCCUUUGCUGAUGUUGUAUCAUUCAAAAUGUGAAGAAAAAACUGCAAAUAUCCAUAAUGAUUGGAACCUAGAAUGUAUGAAGUAUGAAUCUAGGAAAAUUGGAAGUUGUGAAAAUGAAAUGGAACACUUGAAGAUAGAUAAUCCUUGGCGUUAGUGAGCUGAAAUGGACUGGUAUUGGCCAUUUUGAAUCCUGUGGUCUACUGUCGUAAUCAUAUGGUCUACAUAUGGUCGUCUAUUCCAGGAAUGAGAAAUUGAGGAGGAAUGGUGUCACAUUCACUGUCAAUAAGAACAGUUCAAGAUUUACCAUGAAGUACAACAUUGUCAGUGAUAGAAUAAUAUCCAUGGGUCUACAAGGAAGACCAGUUAAUAUGACUGUUAACUCAAAUUUACACACCAACCACUAAUGCCAAGGAUGGAAAAAUAGAAGACUUUUACCUGCUUUUGCAGCCUGUAACUGGUCAAACAUUGCAAUCAGAAUGCAUUGGUAAUUGCUGGUGAUUGAAAAGCUAAAGUUGGAAAUGAAGUGUCAGUAGUUGGAAAAUACGGAUUUGGUGAUAGAAACGACACAAGAGAUUGCAUGAUAGAAUUUUGGAAGACCAGCAACUUUUCCAUUGGAAACAUCUUUUUUCAACAACAUAAACGAUGACUAUAGAGAUGGACCUCACCAGAUGGAAUACACAGGAGUCAAAUAUACUACAUUUGUGGAAAGAGACAAUGGAGAAGCUCAGUAUAAUCAGUCAGAGCAAGGCCGCAUAGUGAGCUGUGGAUCAAAUCAUCAGUUGUUCAUACCCAAAGGAUCACAUAGCACUCAUCUAAUACUUUUGAAGGCUAUCGAAGAGUUUAUACUCCACCUUUCUAAACUGACUAAUAGUGGCAUGGAAGAUCCAUUUGAAGAAGCAGGCCAGCCCACUGUAGACUCAAGCAUGAUCAUGGACAGUGUGGAAGUAGGAGACAUAACGCCUCCCACCAAAAGGAAGAGCAAGUUCUCAGGCUUUGGCAAAAUCUUCAAACCCUGGAAGUGGCGGAAAAAAAAAAGCAGUGAUAAAUUUAAAGAGACAUCAGAAGUUUUAGAGCGAAAGAUAUCUAUGCGAAAACCGAGAGAAGAGCUGAUUAAGAGAGGGGUUCUGGUGGAAGACCCUGAGCAGGGUGGUGAGGAUCCAGGGAAGUUGAGCCAUGCCAUGUUAAAGAAUGGCCACACCACCCCUAUUGGGGGUGCCAGAUCUGCUAGUCCAGUCCAAGAGGAGGAAGAGCCAGGAAAAAUAGCAAGUCUCUGGAAACCCGCUCCAGAAGAGGACUCAAAGAAACGACUGGGCUCAACUGGAAGCCAGCCUAAUUCUGAAGCAGACCCUGUUCCUGAGAAUGCACCCAAGCAACUUUUACUUCCCCCCAAGCAACCGUUGUCCUCUUCUUACGAGGCCAAUGAAGGAAAAACAAAGGAUGCCACUUCCUCCAGCAGCACGACAAGGUCCAUCUCCUCCACCUCUGCCUCCACCACCACAGUGCCUGCUGCCACCACUGCUGCCACAAACCUAGCAAAGACUGUUAAUUCCUCUGUCACCCCCUUGCCAGCACCCAGGACUCUGCCUGCCGCUCCUGCCAGCACUAACACUACUGCUACCCUGAGCCUGACCCAUACGGUCCCUGCCAAGCAGCCCCCUGUCCCUCCCCCUAAACCAGCUCAAAGAAAUAGCAACCCUGGCAUUGGUGAACUGUCCCAAGCAAUAAACAGUGGUACAUUAUCGAAGCGAUCCCCACCAUUACCACCUAAGAGAGGCAUUCCGUCAACCCUGGUACCCACCUCAGAGUCUGCUGCUGCUGCCAUCACAAAGGCACCAAGUGAUCAAAGGGAGAAGAGUACGUGCUCAGUGGGCUCCAUACCACUGCUGAUGAUCUCACCUCCUCCGUCCCCCCCACUACCUACUCAUGUACCUCCAGAUCCCCCACGGUCCGCUCCAAUUUCCUCUAAGACUUUUCAAGUUGUGCCAGAAAUUGAGUUUGCACAUUCCAUAGAACUACCCCAGGAGGUUCCCCAGCAGGAAGAUCAGAAAAAGGAAGCACCCAAGAGGAUGUUGGAGCAUAGCUUUGGGGAGCCUCAUGUACCCUCUAGGCUGCCCCCUCUCCCACUGCAUAUUCGAAUCCAGCAGGCCCUGACCAGCCCACUCACCAUGACGCCUCCCUUGGAAGGCUCUCACAGAGCUCAUUCAUUGCUCUUCGAGAACAGCGACAACUUUUCUGAGGACAACAGCACCCUGGGUCGAACCAGGUCACUUCCCAUCACUAUUGAAAUGCUGAAAGUUCCAGACGAUGAAGAAGAGGAGGAGCAGACCCACUCAUCUGCAUUCAAUGAAGACUUGGCACCUACCUCAGUCAUCCCUCAACUACCACAGCGUCUGCAGGAGGAAGAGGAAGAGAAGGAGAGUGACUCUGAUUCAGAGGGUCCCAUUCGGUACCGAGAUGAAGAAGAUGAAGAUGAAGAUGAAAGCCAAAACAGUGCUCUGGCCAACAAAGUGAAGAGGAAAGACACAUUGGCAAUGAAGUUGAAUCACAGACCCAGUGAACCAGAAUUGAACCUGAAUUCGUGGCCCCGAAAAAGCAAAGAGGAGUGGAAUGAAAUACGGCACCAAAUUGGGAACACAUUGAUCCGUCGACUGAGUCAAAGACCAACACUAGAAGAACUAGAACAACGAAACAUACUGCAGCCUAAAAAUGAAGCUGACCGUCAGGCAGAAAAACGGGAGAUUAAACGUCGUCUCACUAGAAAGCUCAGUCAAAGACCAACUGUGGCUGAAUUACUGGCCAGGAAGAUCCUGAGGUUUAAUGAAUAUGUCGAGGUAACAGAUGCUCAAGAUUAUGACCGGCGAGCCGACAAACCUUGGACCAAACUGACCCCUGCUGAUAAGGCUGCCAUAAGAAAAGAACUAAAUGAAUUUAAAAGCUCAGAAAUGGAGGUUCAUAAAGAGAGCAAACAUUUUACACGCUACCAUCGUCCAUGAUGCUGACAUUUGACUGAAGAACUAUACAACAGCCCCCAAAACAGGCUGCUUUGCUGCUUCAUCCUCCAGAGUUUAACAUAGACAGGAAACUUCAGUGCUUCCCAGCCCAGCCAAAAUUGGGCUCUCUGGGAUGUAGUUCUGGGGUGAACAGCACUUCUAUGAAUGUAGCAUUUCACUGGAAUGGAUUCUCAUGUGCUCCCCCUGGGGCACAACUGAACACUUUGUCAGUGCUUUUGAAUCUUCUAAUAUUGCAGCAUACUUGAGGGGUUCCCUCACCAGCCACCAAAGUUCUAGGCCACUUGUAGGUUCCAUGUUUUGUUGGCUGUACCACACUUUGCCCCAAGAUGACUGCCUGUGCCAAGGCACACUUUGCACCAUUGGCCUUACCUGUCCUGCCCUGUGAGACCCACUUGUGUAGGCGCUAAGUUCCAGCCAUCAGUUUCAGUUGGCAAUGGGGAAAACCUUUUUUGUAGGCCCCCAAUCUUCUGGCAAAGGAGCCCCCACCUCCAGCGGAAGCCUGUCAGUUGAAAAGCAUUGCACUAUACCUGUUAUAGGGAGCCCUGGUGUCACAAUGGUUAAGCACUGGGCUGCUGAGAAGUCAGCAGUUUGAACCCACCAGCGGGAGAAAAAUGUGGCAGUCUACUUCUGUAAAGAUUUAUAGCUUUGGAAAUCGUAUAGGGCAGUCAUUAUGAGUCAGAAUUUGACUCAACAGCAGUGAGUGGUGGACACCUCUUAUAACAAGCAAUAUAUUCCUCUUUAGGUACUCAAGCCUGAGAGGAAGCUCAGGACUGAACAUGUACCCCCUUUUUGGCAUAAGUCACCCUAAUUUUUUACAAAAAUUUAUCGUGAAGUAGUAAUGGAAACUUACGUACUUUUUGUCUGUCAGAGAAUCUGAGCUGCAACCAGACUCUUAAGUCUGUAAAAUAAGAAAGUAUAUAUAUUUUCUGUAUACAAAAACAAAACUAAAAAAGCCUUCAUAAUAAUGCCAACUUGGCAGAAAACUGACUUGUGGCUUAAAUUUUGUAGGCUGUUGUAUCCUUUUCCAUGAAGUAGAGUUGUAGCAACUCUGGGAGCACUUGUGUAUUGUCGGCCCCCACACCUCCAGAAUCUCAAAAAGGACCUAAAAGGUGUAGGGUGCUGAACAGGAAAAGGUCUUUAAAGAAGCAACAAGAGGGGCCCAAUCAUGACCCACUGCCCCUCACUUUUUCUCCUCAGUGCUGUUUGCCCUCUCCUGCUGCGCUCUCCCUCUUAACUCCAAACACUGAUCCUUCUGCUGACCUCUGGCAGAUUCCACCUCACUUGUCUCGUCCUUCCUCUUCCAAGCUGUAGCCAUGUAGUUGGUGCCUGGACAUUGGCUCAGCCCCUACCCCUUUUUGUAUUUGUAAUAUACGUUAAUACUAUUUUCUAAAACACAUUCGCUUUGUUUGAUUUUUAUUGAAAACCAUACAGCCUCACUAUUUCCCUCUAAUUCCUAGCCACGCUAAGUGGAGGAAAAAAAUAGUUUCUAUUUAAUUGAUGAACGUGGCUUUUUCCUUCACUUUAAUGUUCAGGAAGUUGUGACUUUCAUAGAUUUCUUCUGUGGUCCUUGCCUUUUGUUCUGUUUGAAAUCCUUCACUGGAUUUCUCUUUUGAUAAAAUUUGCUGAAGAAUCAAAAUAUCAGAUCAAAACAAAAAAGCUGAAGUGACCUUAAAAGGCAACAUCUCUUCUUUGUAUAGUAAAAAAGGGAUAUUUGGAUUUCUCGGUUUUGUCAAAUGUUGUAUGACUGUGGAGAUAGACUGAGUCCACAUUUCCUUGGAGCUGACUAAUAUUUGUGAUAACAGAAGGAAGACAAGUGAAGAUUCUACUGAAGUCUGUUGUUGGUCUGUAUGUGAGGUGGCCACACGUUAACUGCUAACUUGCCUUCUUCUGACCAUUCUUUCUUGUUGGUUUGGAAACUGGCUUAUGCCAGAAUCUUUGUGGCUUGAGAUGACAUUUUGAAAGCCUUCUUUUAGAAACUCUCUUUUCCUGAAUGUGCCAAGCUUGAAGCAGAAUUUGCCUGCCUUCUAUGUGCCACCAAGGGGUCCAGUUCAUCUUUCAUCUCAUUCAUGUUCUUUUGAAGCAAGAUACUUUGGGGGGGGUCAAGUCUUUCUAGGUGUUUUGGUUUUGUUUUUUUAAAUACAAUCUGUUUUGUUUUCUCUUUCCCUGUAAUUACCAAUUCACAAUCCUAAUGUAAAGAAAAAAUAAAAGCCUGGUGUAUUGUACUUCAAGAUACUUCCCUGAUGUACAGAAUCUCCUUGUAAAAUAAAUAAUUGCAUUGUAUAUCAGUCUUCAUAUCAAUAUUAAUUAUUAUUUUAGAAUUAAAAAAAUACAUACUAUUCUCGUGUGAGGUAUUCAUUUUUGUUAUGUCCUACUCUAUUCCAAAAAAGGAUACCUAAAAUAAUUGCACGAGGCACUAAAUGAGAAGUCAGUGAGGGAAAAGUAAUAAUAGUAAGGACAUUAAAUGUAGCCAGAGGUAAGAGUCAGUCAUGUUUGUGUCUGUGCACAUGUAUUAAAAAGAAAAUAGGCUGAAGGGAGGAGAGGCAACUGAAUGCCAAACUAUGUACCUGGUGCUACACUGGGGCUUUAUUUAGCCUACACCCAGCCUGUGAAAGACCUGAGAAGUGACCUGAAGUCACUUCCCCAAGGUCAAAGCAAAUCAUAUAACCACUCUUUGCAUGUAUUCAAGGGCAGUUACUACCCAGUGUAUUAUCUCUACAAGGAUUUACUGACUAGGGAUCACAUAUAAGUGGACCUUAGGCUGAUACCACAAAAGGACAGCUGGUACUUUAUGCACUUCUCUCUGGCAAGCAGCCCAGUUUCAAUCCAGGUCACGUCAGCAAUGACUCACUUUCUAUUUGUCACUUCAGAGAGUGGCUUGUUUAGCACAUCGUCUUUUACCAAGGGUUAAAAGAAACCAUGAGUCAGAACUGCUCACGUCCUCAGGUUCUACCUACUUCCAGGUUUUCCUUCUAGUAGCCCUCCAAAUAGGCCUCAAAUUGUUAUUGUGUUCUGUUGUGUUUGUUUUUAAUAAUAUUGUGUUUUGGUGAGUUUACACAGCAAAUUAGGUUCCCAUUUAACAACUUCUAUACAAAUAUUCAGGGAUACCGAUUACAUUUUUCAUAACGUGUUAACAUUCUUAUUAACUCCAUUCUGGUUGUCACAUGCGUUUUUUUUUUUGUUUUUCCUAAAUUUUAUUUUGUUGUUGAGAAUAUACACAGCAAAACAUACACCAAUUCAGCAGUUUCUACAUGUACAAUUUAGUGACAUUGGUUACAUUCUUCGAGGUUGUACAACCAUUCUCAUCCUGCCUUUCUGAGUUGCUCUUCUGCCUUCAUUAACAUAAACUCACAGCCCUCUAAGGUUCCUAUCUAAUCUUUUGAGUUACUGUUGUCAAUUUUUAACUGAAUUGUCAUAAAGAAUACAAUGACUAUUAGUACAGUUUAGGAGCCCAGCCUUGAUUCAUUGUAAGGCACUCAGCGUUGCUUUUAUACCACUGCCGCAAGCGUCAACACAGUGAAAAAGGCAAAAACAACAAUGUUUACAUGUUAUUAUGAAAAUAGUUUUGAUCUCAUGGACUCCCGAGAGUCUCAGAAGCAAUGGGGUUUGCCAACCACACAUGGAGAACUGCUGCUCUGAGCAUGCUUCUCAUCUUAAAAAAAAAAAAUUUUUUUUUUCAUCUUAACAUCUAGAUAAUUCCAAUGCCUCAGAAUCGCUGUGAGAGUGAACAAGGUAUGUAAAGAACCGCAAAGUCUUAUAGGUCUUGUUUUUAGGUGCACCAGUCGUUUUCGACUCAAAGCAACCCCAGUGAUAGAGCAGAACUGCCCCACAGAGUUUUCUAAGCUGUAAUCUACGGUAGCACAUCGCCAGGUUUUCUCCUGCAGAGCCACUGGGUGGAUUCCAAACGCCAACCUUCAGGUUAGCAGCUGAGCUCUUCACCGUUGCGCCACCUGGGCUCCUUAAUACAUAGAAGGAACUCCAUAACUGUCAGUUUCUACUCAGUACAGCCCAGCUGUGAUGAUGGCUCUAUGUCAAUAUACCUAACAUUUAUUCGCCGAACACAAUAAGGAAACUUGAUCAUAUUUCAUACAUACGUAUCUUAAGGAUUCUUGACUUACCUACUUCUUUACUUCAGGUUUUUUUUUUUUUUUAUCUUAGCCAAUUCGUCUAGAAGCAUUUCCGUCUUAUUUACCUAGCAUUUAUCAGAUGCUUACGUGUGACAUGGCAGAUUCAAUCCCUUUUGAGACCGUUUGCGUUUCUCAAAAUGUCUUUUUCUAUUUUGCAUACUUACUAUCUCAAAGGUUUUUUGGCCAGUUUAUCUAUCGACGUAACCGCCAGAUUGAGGAACUGACCGUAGAGAAGUACAGCUACACGGUACAGUGUCCAGCGACACACCCACAAACUUCAAUUUCUGUAAUUAACACUCUAACACACCUCAGGGUGCAAACGCACCAAGGUCGCGAGAAACCGCUGAGCAAGGUAGGGGUGGGGCUUAACAUUCGUGGAUUCCCAGCACCCUCAGCGAGCUUCUGAUUCCCUUAACUGCGCAUGUCGCGGCGCAGGCGCAAUGGACGCUCGUUGACUUCCGCGCGCUGGUGAUGGUAUAAAUAAGGGUUUUCUGGCCCCACUCGUUCUCUUGCGUGAAGGCGAGCUCUGGGUCGCUUCGGUCUUGGUGAGUGUUUUUGCUUCGUGGCCUCUCAUCUCUACCUCUAGCAUUCUGCUCGGCUACCAGCCUUUCCUGUGAGCACAGCCUUCAGCGGCGACUGUGCUGACUGCGCUCCUAAGUGCGACCGGACUGAGAGUAACUUCGGCCGCGUGCGGCCGCCGAAGGCCCGCGGAGCCCCAGGGCCUGGGCUUUCAGCAGGGGCUGCGGGCAGCGCCACCCCGAGGCUUGUGAGGCUGCCGCACCGCUCGUCAGAACGCUGAGUGGCGCAGCUCCCCUAUUCAUUGCCUAUUUGCGCCUUUAAUUUUUCGGCUUCCUCAGAGGCACUUUGUGCGCGAUGAAGUUGCGUGUAAGACGCCUUGUUCCUGAUCUUCUCAGUUGAAGAGUUACUGAGCUUUUGAGACACUCCUAGGUGCUGUUACUAAAUUUACCACGUGAUUUGUUGUGAUUUGGGACAACUAACGACUGUAGGUCUUCCACUGAGAUGUAGCAUUUACGAGACGUCUUGCUGCUCACGAGCUGUUAGCAUACCGUUCCGUCGUUUGCCGAUGGGCUGUUGAGGUUUCUCAAUGUGCUUGCUGGGGUUGCAAGUUAAGAGGUUCGGGCCUACGCUGGGGAAAUCGGUAUCAACUAGGUAAGAUGGUUGUUUAAUACAGUCGUCUGUAAAUUGAACCAGUGAUAGUGACCAUUCCAACGUGGAUAUUCCCGGGAGGUCACUCUCCCCGGGCUCUGUCCUGGUGGCGCAGGGGAGCAUAGGGCUUUGCCCCGUGAUGUACAAUCCCUUUCCACGACGUUGGAGAUAAAGCCGGGCCUUGAGUCUGCGCCUGCAUAUUCCUACAGCUUCUCAGAGUCCUGCGGACAAUGACUGAGGAGACAAACCAUGCAGGAAACAGCCCCUAAUCUUGUAAGAGGUCUCUGGAUUCUUUAGUAAUUUCUAACCAGGAAGCAGAAAUUUGUACUCAAUAGAGAGGAAUGAUACGGUUGCUAGACUACAUUGCUGCCCUCACGAUAGGGGUAGGCUGUAUUUGGGCUUCAGAUCAGAACUGUUGGAGGACGACUAACCACUUUACUCUUUACAUUGUUUUAACUUCAGGGAAAUCUCUGCAGGGCUGUUAACAUGAGCCCUAAAACGCUUUGCACUAGUUUAUUGGUACAUGUGGAUUAUAAAAUAAUUUUAAUAAUUCCAAAGCCAGUUCUCUGUCGCAUACCAGUAACUGUUUCUCAGUUUGUUACGUCCAAAUA